UGAUUCCGGCCGAACUCACUCGAGCCAACUGACGGCGGCGUCCCGAUUCCACGAAGAUAGAGAACGCACCCAAACCAGACAACGGCUAACGGACGGCGGCGUGCGGUGUAAUCCUGAGGAUUCGGAAACCUCGAAUACGCUGUUUUGGCAUGAACUUAUUUUUCGAGCACAGAUAAAAGGAUACAAAAGAGGAUGGACAGAGCCAAGUAUGUGGCACUGGUGGGAGCUGGGGCUCUAUUGGGCUCUAUGUCUACCAUCUUCGUUCUAAAGCUUCUUCAAAGACGAGGUGUACAGCAAUGGAGUAAGAAUAGUACUGAAUUAAACGGUAUGGAGGGAUGUAUUGCUACUCAUAAAAGGAUUGAUAAGGUGGCUGACGAAGAUCUUCUGAAUGAUGAGAUUGUUUCUGAACACCUGACUAGGAACAUUCAGUUCUUUGGGUUUGAAUCGCAAAGGAAAGUGACUGCAUCUUACGUUGUGGUCAUUGGCCUUGGAGGUGUUGGUAGUCAUGCUGCAUCUAUGCUUUUGAGGUCAGGGGUUGGCAAGCUACUUCUAGUGGACUUUGACCAGGUUUCUCUUUCUUCACUAAAUCGGCACGCUGUUGCAACAAGAGCAGAUGUUGGCAUCCCAAAAGCUCAGUGCCUCAUGGAGCAUUUCUCUUCUAUUUUUCCUGAGUGCCAAGUAGAUGCGAAAGUUCUAUUAUAUGAUGCAUCUACUGAAGAAGAAAUUCUCUCAGGCCACCCAGAUUUUGUUCUGGACUGCAUCGACAACAUUGAUACAAAGGUGGCCCUUCUUGCUGCAUGUGUACGUAGGGGAUUGAAGGUUCUAUCUGCUACAGGAGCUGGUGCGAGGGCUGAUCCAACAAGAAUCCGAAUUGCUGAUCUAAGAGAGUCCACUAAUGAUCCAUUAUCUCGAGCUGUAAGACACCGCUUGAGGAAAGAUCACGGCAUUGAAGGCGGUAUUCCUGUUGUAUUCUCUUUAGAGAAACCCAAAGUAAAGUUGCUCCCAUUUAAAGGUCCAAGUGGAGAAGAGGAAAACCCUUCAGACUAUCAGAUUGUUCCAGGCUUUAGGGUCCGAAUCAUACCCGUGCUGGGCUCCAUCCCUGCAAUAUUUGGACAAGUCAUGGCCUCCUAUGUUGUGACACAACUAGCAGGGUUGGAAGUUCAAAUGGAACCUGUAGUCAGUUUUGACACGGAUCAUUACCAUACUCUUCAUCAGCGCCUAAUUGAGCAUGAGGAGUCAUUGUAUGGCUCAGCUGUGCAUGUGCAGGUGGAUGUGGAAGAGGUGAUGUAUAUUGCCAAAGAAUUAUGGCAUGGAAGAAGUGCUAGGGAGCAGUUUGCAAAACAUGUUGGCCGAGCGAUGUGGCGAUCAGUUAAUGAAUUGAUGCUUGUGAGGUGGGAUUGCACAAAACCAGCCACUGUUUCAAAUCUAAUUCUUUUAAAAUUCAAGGAGGCGGAUGAGCAUGAGUCACGGACAAUAGAUGAUAUAAAGAAAGAAGAACCAGAAUUCUACAAUAGAGUAACUGCUGUGUUGAAACGAGCUGAACUUGACUUUGGGUUGUGAUAGUUGAAUCAGCAUUCCCCCAAAGAGGCGAUUCUAUGCUUAAAUCAGAUUCUUUGCACUCACAUAUCCAGAGAAAGAGGGCAUUCGUCACUUCUUUCCAGGAAAAUUCUUACCUUCCUUCCAUCUAUUUUUGUGAAUGUGGAAAAUCCAAACCGCUGUAUGCUAGCCUCUCUAGUUCAGAGCUUAAUGUCUGUCAUGCUUGCUGCUUAUCUUUUUGCUGGAAUUUUAACAAAGGGAGUCAGUUUCAUCUUGCUGUAUGAGAUAUGGCAGGUGACGAACCAUGCCAGAAUAUAGAUUGUUGAAUGUUCUUCAAAGUAAUUUAUUUUUGGAAGAAAUUUUGGAGCA